CUCCAGUGUGUUAAGUAUAUAUGUAAAGAUUAUUAUAGUUGGAUGAGUUUGAAUUUUAACAGCUCUAGUACUAUAUAUUAGAUGCCAUACCUGCAGCUAAUUCAUCAAUCCACUCUCUCUUUUUUCCCAUCUACUUACUUGUUCCUAGCAGUGUUCCGGCUUUCACUUGCCCUGCUCUUUCCACCUUUUUAUUCAUUUAUUGCAGACUCAGCAAUUCGAUCUGCAUCUUUGUUUUAUUUUUACAAUUUAAAAGAAAAGAGUUGAAAAAACAACGAACAAUCAUGGCUGGUCUAUCGGACAUUCCAUUAUUGGGGAAUAUUGUGAGCAGUUUAUCCAGUGCUACAGUUGAAGCAAUGUACCGUGGUCUGCGGUAUACAUUUCGUUACAAGGCUCUAGUUAAUGAUUUCGAAUCCGAGAUGAAGAAACUUAAUGCUGAGGCGGAGAGGGUGUCUGUUAGAGUUAAUGAAGAAACUGAUAGCGGUAGAACAAUCUAUGAUAGCGUACUGGAAUGGCAGGGAAAUGUUGAUGAAAUCCGGAACAAGGCCAACCAGAUUUCAGUUUCAUGGAAAUGCAUCCCGUGUCUUCCAAUUCCUAAUCCCGUAGCCCGUUUUCAGCUUGGUAAGGAGGCCGUUGUGAAGAAGAGCAACGCAGCUGAAUUGGUCGCCAGGGGAAGAGGGUUCCAAGAUAAUGAAAUUGCACAUCGUCCACGUAUGCAAAAUGAGCCAAAUACUGAGAGUAUAUUGCCGAUAUAUCCUUCUUUAAAAGAUGCAUAUGAGGAGCUCUGGAAUAUUCUAGUCGAUAAAGAUGGUCCGGUGAUUGUUGGCAUCCAUGGAAUGGCAGGAGUAGGCAAAACUACGAUGAUGAAACGACUUUGGAUAGAAGCCAUGGCGCAAGGGGUCUUUAACAAGGUCACCCAAGCAGAUGUGCGCAGUCAAAAUCCGUUGGAUGUGAUCAAUUUACAACAACAGAUUGCAGGACAUCUAAAUUGCCGUCUUGAAUUAAAAGACGAUGCUAUGCUGAGAGCUAAUCAAUUAAGAAGCAGUCUGAAGAAAGGGGGUAAGACUCUCAUUGUAUUAGAUGACGUAUGGAGAAAGAUUCGUCUAGAGGAUAUCAUUGGGACGAGUCUUGCAGAUGCCAAAAGUUGGAAGGGUUAUAAGAUCCUCUUUAUAUGUCGAGAGAGAUCUGCAUGCUUAGAUAAUGAUUGCAAGCGAGUUGUCGAGAUAACAGCCUUGACAGGUCCUGAAUCUUGGGAUCUGUUCGAAAAAACAGUUGGUGCAGCUGACAUAGAAAACCUCAACGACAAAAAAUUGGCUGAGGAAGUGUGUAAAAAAUGUGCUGGUUUACCACUCGUCAUACGUGCUGUUGCUAGACAACUGAGAUCCGCGAGUCACCAUGUAUGGACGGAUACACUUAAUACAUUUCAAACUAAUAUUGCAAGUGUUCCCGGAAUAAGUGGAGAUGUAUUUGCUUCUUUAAAAUUGAGUGUGGAUAACCACGACCAAGACGUAAAGAAAUUUCUGUUGGUUUGUUCUCUAUUUUCUAGUAGAGGUGCCCACAUUUCGAAGAAGAGGCUCAUCCUGCUUGCUGCUGGGUCACAGCAUGUACCGGGUGGAAUAACAAGAAUACUAGCCAUGAUUGAUAUUCUCAAGUCAUCCUCAUUGUCGCAUAAAGCUGACAAUGAACAUCUCAAGCUGAGAGACAUUUUUAGGGACGUAGCAGUGUCUGUGGCUGUCACGGACUAUGCAUUCUUACGGGCAAGAUGUGGCUCCCUGUUCGCUGAUGCUGCUGCUGAUCAUAGCAGGUGGCGAUUAAUACAUUUGGAUGUGGACAAGGAUGACGAUCAAUUACCUGAUAGGCUGGUGUGCCCAGACCUGCAUACCUUGUUAAUACAGGGGCAACAAAUUGGUAUUCCGACAUUCACAGGCAGCAAGUUUGAGAAUCUCAAAUUUCUGGUGCUCAUUGGAAUUUUGGUGCAGCCACGGUUUUCUCUUAAAUUCUUAGUCCAACUUCAGACUCUUUACUUAGAUGAUUGUGACCUGACGAAUACAAAUUCUACAUUUUACCCAACAAGGCUGGAAACACUAUGCAUUUGGGACCGUAAUCACCCAACAUUUCUGGAACUACCGAACCUGAAACUUCUUCGAAAGCUUGAAAUCCGAAAAAGUAACAAAUUUCAGAUGGGCCAAGGAACCAUAUCCCGUCUACCCCGUCUCAAAGAAUUGUAUCUAGAAUAUCCAUUAGAAUAUUGGGAUGAUUCAAGGCGGCGUUUAAUGCCCUGUUUAAUGCCCAGUUUGAAGGAGAUUAGUAGUUUGAGUUGUCUGACAAGUUUGAAGAUAUUUUGGGAUUCUUUUGAGCCUGCUCAAGACACAACUAUAUUUUCUAGUUUAGUUGAUUACGAUAUACGUGUGGGGGGGCGAGGCGAGAAUAAAUAUAGACCAGCUUCAAAAGUUUCACUGACUAAAUUGGUUGAGUUGACGGGCAUAGAUAAUUUUGAAGGUUUCCACGAUCUGAUAGGACGAGCUGAAGAAGUGAUAUUAAGGGAAACCAAUGUUGACAUUAGUAAUAUCUGGAAUGGUGAGGGAGAAGUAUUCAAAGACUUAAAAAACCUAUACAUUGAUGGUUGCAAAACCAUGGAGCAUCUAGCAGCAAGGAUACCACAGUUUGAGAUCCAGUCGGUUGCUCAGGAGCAGACAUCAUUUUCUAAACUAUCUAUUUUGGUAAUUUCGAGGUGUUCUGCAAUGAAAUACCUCCUGAGUCACUCUGUCGCAAAGCGUCUGAAGCAACUGCAACACCUCUCUGUAUUUGAUUGUGGUCUGAUGGAAGUAAUCGUUAUGAAUGAAGGUACAAGUGGUGAAGGAGAAAUCCUAAGCUUUCCCAAACUUAAAUCAUUGAAAUUAUCACAUAUGCACAGGCUCACAAGCUUCUACCGUGAACAUUCAAGUUUAUUGUCACCCCUGGACGAUGCUACCAACCGCUCAUCUCAAUCUCAAACUCUGUUUAAUGGGAUGGUUGCAUUCCCUUGUUUGAAAGAGUUGGAGCUCAGUGGUUUGAAAGAAAUAAGUGAUAUUUGGGGGGAGCAUUACCGUAGUGAGUCUUGGCCAUUAAAGAGCCUCGAAAUAACAAGGUGCCAUGAACUGGAUGUUGUGAUUCCACAUUUCAUGUUGAGUAGCCUAAGUAGUCUUGAACGUCUAAAAGUAGAUGAUUGUGAUGGUCUGGAGAACGUGUUCCUACCUUCUGUUGCCAAAGGUCUUGAGCGCCUUAAGAAAUUGGAAGUUAUGUACUGCAAGAAGAUGACAGUGAUAAUUGGGCAAGGUGAACAACCCUCUGACGAAGUCAUUAGUUUCAAUGAGUUGACGCACCUAAAGCUAAAGUUUUUGCAAGAACUGAGCAUAUUUUGUUUAUACCAGGAGGUUAAGUUUCCAAAGUUGGUGGAUCUUAUACUCCAUGAUGUGAAAAUUAACUUGGAGGAGAUAGAGUUGGGAAAAUAUGAUUCCACUUGUGAACUUAAGUACUUGGAUAUAAGUUGUGAUAGCGAAAUACAACUUCCAUAUACUUGGCAACUUUGUUUACAUUAUAUGGAAAGUUUGGCACUGAGACAGUCCUGGUCUGAGGAGCUGAAAUUUAUGAUGUUCUGGAACUUGAAGGUGCUUAAAGUUUUUGAAUCUGGAUGCUCUAUUCUUUUCACCUUCUCAGUGCUUGGAAAUUUACAUCAACUACAAGAAUUAGAAAUAUCAAGUUGUUGUUUAUUAGAAGAAAUUGUGGAGGAUGUAAGGGGUGAUGAACCAUCUGGAACGAAUAAGGAGGCAAUUACACUCUUUAGAAUGAAAUCAAUUGUUCUUAAAGACUUGCCAAAACUCAAAAGUUUCUUCAGCAGUGCUCAUUUUGAGUUCUACAUGCCCGCCUUAGAACGACUGGAAGUUGUUAAAUGUGGGCUGUUCACUACUCUCUUCACCUGCCCUGUCUCGAAAAGUCUCAGACAACUCCAAUCUUUACAUGUUUAUGAUUGCAGAUUGUUAGAAUCUAUUGUUGAGGAUGCAAGGGGAACUGAAACCUUAAACGCAGAUGACAGGAUCAUCAGACUCUCUGGACUCUCAGAAGUUGUCCUUACAGACUUGCCAAACCUCAAAAGUUUCGGUCUCAUUGCAAGGCACACAUUUUUUAUGCCUAAAUUAAGUAAUUUCAGACUGUCUAGGUGCCCCCAUGUAGAGAAUUUCACUCCGUUGAGGACAGGUUUUAAGGUUACUGUUAAUUCUGAGUGGCACAAACCAAAAGAAGUUACAGAUCUCAACGACUUUGUAAGACAAUAUCGGAAAAGAUGUGACAGCGCUGAAGAUCAGCCUCUUCAAGCGGCUUUCCUUUCGUUCCCAUGGUCGUCUCCUUGGGCCUUCUAAAACAAUGUGCUUUAACUAUUAGAACUUAGAAGACACUGUAAUUUCCAACUUGUAAAUUGUUCUCUCUUGAUUACAUUACAGAGCAACUGUUUCAUUAUAUUAAAUCUUUUAGGUGCUGUUUGUCAUUA